AUGAAUAGAACCGCUCCAGCCCUUGUCAAAUGCUGUAUCCGUCGACAUCGACUUUCAGCCAGCAACAGCUUGCAAUCUGCAUCCAAUACCAGUCCUCUAGCAUUCCAAAUUCGCAACUUUGCUAAAAGUGCACAUCAGGGUGCUCCAAAACGAAAGGUCAAAGCUCCAAAGUCAAAAGCAAGUUUGGAUAAGAAACGAAUACCAGCCAUGCUGAGUGCUACUGCCUCGCCACAUGUCUUUGUCGCAAAGGCAGCGCUGGAUGAAACUAUUGAUCCAUCUACCUUAUUCUCGGACGGGGCAACCAUCCCACCAAUGCUAGCAACCGGCACGUUUCAGUAUCUGUCUCCCAAGAAGGAUCUUAAUUUUCAGUACCCCUCACAUGGCGUACCGGAAGUCGCCUUUCUUGGAAGAUCCAAUGUCGGGAAGAGCAGUUUGAUCAAUGCGGUCAUGCGAAAAAACUUGUGCGUCACCAGCAAGUCUCCCGGCCGAACCCAGUUGCCCCAUUUCAUGGCACUCUUCCCAAACGACAAAGAAGAUCAAACUCCAGCCAAUGCGUCCGGUCUCAUUAUUGAUCUUCCUGGUUAUGGAUAUGCCGCCGCACCCAGAGAAACGGUCGAAGCUUGGCAGCAGGAUACCCAAAAGUUGCUGCUGGAUCGUCUGGACCGUGGAGUAUUGAAACGACUCUUUUUGUUAAUGGACGCCCGCCGGGAUGAAUUUGCCGAAAUGGACCGAGCCGUUCUUGGAUGGCUGGAGGAUGCCCAAAUUCCGUACAGCGUAGUCUUGACCAAAACCGACCGGACUACCAGACCAAAGGUCAUCCGACUGGUGAAUGAAUUGUGUUUGAGAUACUCGAGUCAAUUGGCGUUAGAUGAAGGGGACUUUGCAUUUCAAUCGCCAGUCAUACAUACGACAUCCUCGAAACAAAAGUGGGGGGUUCAUGAAUUGAUGCUAUCUCUGGAAGCAGAGUUUGCUCAAGAUGAUGAUGAUGAUGAUGGUGAUGAUUCAGACGAAGAUCUUGACUAA